UUGCGAGCCAAGUCCACAGAAAGCGCAAUUGCCUGGCAUAAAAUGCUUUAUAAGGCAGCUAAUAGGGCUACAUGUCAAGAGCUCUUUGCCUGGAACUUUGCUAAAGAGGUUAAUGAGGUUCCAGUCUCAUGGCUGUCGAGCGAUGAACCCGUGGAUGAUGAAAUUCUUGUACGACGAGAAUUCGAACGCCUCGACUACGACCGUGAUCAUUUUAGGAUCUCAGAUGAUAAUAAAGAUUUCAAGUCCAAGUUUCUGUAA